GGUCUCUGUUGUCAUCGUCAUCUGACGGUUAAUUUAAAGGUUAAUAUGGUGACACAUUUCAUUAUAAUAAAAAGAUAAAUAGCCCAGGAAAUUAAUCUCUAUUGUUGACAACAAUAACGCAAUAGGCGAAUCAAUUAUUUUUGCGGACACAAUGCAAUUGGGACCAAGCGCUUUAAUUUGAUUCGUUUCCAAAGUUUGCUUAACCUUUACUUGAUAUUGAGGUGGAAGCAUAAAGUUAUUUUUAGUAGUAGAAGAAAGUGUGUGUUCCAGGGACAUAUAUUAAAUAUAAAAACAAUGGCUAAAGAGGAAGAGUAUGACAAACUCCCAGACAAGGACGCGGCCAAGGAGUUUUAUGCCAAAUAUGAGCCAAAGGAAAUUCUUGGACGAGGAAUCUCGUCCACUGUGCGACGAUGUAUUGAAAAGGAAACUGGAAAGGAGUUUGCCGCUAAAAUUAUCGACUUAAGUAAUGACGAUUCGUCACUAGAAGCGACCAGGCAAGAAAUCUCAAUUUUACGGAUCGUUGCCGGUCAUCCCUACAUUAUUGAGCUUCAAGAUGUAUUCGAGUCGAGUACAUUCAUUUUCCUGGUUUUUGAACUAUGCAAACAUGGAGAACUUUUCGACUAUUUGACCUCCGUAGUCGCGCUAAGCGAGAAAAAGACGAGGUACAUAAUGAAGCAGGUUUUUGAGGGCGUCCACCACAUCCACUCCAAGGGUGUAGUUCACAGGGAUUUAAAGCCCGAGAACAUUCUGUUAGAUGAUAAUUUAAAUGUUAAGAUAACUGAUUUUGGAUUUGCUAAGAAAUUAGAAAACGAGGAACUGUUACAUGAUUUGUGUGGCACGCCUGGAUAUUUGGCACCAGAAACCCUGAAAACCAACAUGUUCGAAGACUUCCCAGGGUAUUCUUUCGAAGUUGAUAUAUGGGCCUGCGGUGUUAUCAUGUACACCUUGUUAGUCGGGUGUCCUCCAUUUUGGCACAGGAAACAAAUGAUCAUGCUGCGGAACAUAAUGGAUGGUAAAUACUCUUUUACUUCUCCAGAAUGGGCUGACAUUUCAGAAGCACCAAAAGACUUGAUAAGGAAGUUGUUGGUUGUCGAUCCUAAACAAAGAAUAUCCGUGAGUGAAGCUCUCAGGCACGAGUUCUUCCAAGCAGUGCAUCUGUGGGAUCAGGAUAUAAUGUCGUUAAAAGAGUCCCUGAAGAAAUCAUCCAGGCGAUACAGUCGCAUUUCUGAACUCACAUUGAAACUGCAACAGAGCAAAUUCAACCCGAGACGAAAAUUUCAAAUGGCUAUACUGUUUGUCAGAGCGAUGAUAAGGAUACAGAGGUUGCGAUUUACGCCUGAACCCCUUAGUUUGGACACCGCCCGUAUCGACCCCUACAGAGUGAAGCUUCUGAGAAAGGUCGUCGACGGUUGCGCCUUUAGGGUGUACGGACACUGGGUUAAGAAGGGCGAGGGCCAGAACAGAGCGGCCCUGUUCGAGAAUACGCCCAAGACCGAACUAAAGCAUAUAUACGUCACAAACUUAAGCAGAUAAUUAUAGCGGAAUUUUUCUUUUUUUAGUAGAAUUUUUAAAUUAUUUUAAUGUUAGUGUUUUAAAGUGCACGUAAUCGAUUGUCAUUACAGUUGAAGGCGACAAAGAUCGCUCAAUCCAGAUAGGUAGACAGGAUAUAUUAAAAAAUAUUUAUAAAAAAAAGAUAAUUAUUAUAAAAUUGGACAUCAUCCAUAUGCUAGAAGACGAAUUUAAAUCAGUGAGAUCAUCUUGAAUACAUGAAUAUCACUAUUCAGAUGUGACGUCAUGACGACACAGUCCUGAUCAAGGUUUCCAGUAUGGUUAAAGUAAAGAACUGUCAAGUUUCUCUGAGUGCUUUUUUUGUUUUUAUUUACUCGCUGCUGCUUUUUGUGUUUUGGUUGUUGUAAUGACUAUGAAAUGUCAAUGUUCUAUGGAAUGUAUAAAUAAAUCUUAGCAAUUUGUAAUUUAAAAAACUCAAAAAUGCCUUCCUGAUUAUUUCAUAUUUGUCAUUUUAUUUUUCACUUGACUACGACUAUUCUUUAGUUCUUUAGUUUAUUCCACACUUUAAAGUACGUUCUACGGAGGCAUUUUUUUGAACAAAGCUUAAUUUGCUUCCAUUCAUUUUGCUUUACUUGCCCAAAAUUUACGCUUGAAUUCUGUUCCCUCGUUACUCCAUAAGUUCUGAAAUCUUAUUAGAAAUGGUAUAAGUUUUUAAAAAUCUAAAAACUGACUGAGCUAUCCUGUCUCGAUUCUCCUGCCUUUGAUCCCGUCAAUAGUUGAUGGAAAAUAUCUGCCUACUUUGUCGCCUGUGACGGGUUUAUUCCGAAUUUUUGAAUAUUUUGAUAUUAGCUUAUUUAUCGAACAAAGACAUUAUACCAAAUUUUAGACUAUAAAACUAAGUCUAAGCACACAUUGUUGUGCAUAAGAAAAAAAACUGGCGGAUUUUCCCAAAGUUAGGUUCAAUAUGCACUUCGUACCUAGAGCACAGAAGACAUGUUAAUUUUUGCUUAUUAUUGAAAAUAAAAGCAUAAUUUAAUUUAA